UGUUUACAGUUUUCUUUUACGGUCGGCAUGAAGCUGAAACGCUUUCUGCUCAGAUAUUACCCACCAGGAAUUAUCCUGGAGUACGAGAAAGGGGGAGAGAUCAGGACCAAAUCAAUUGACUUACUAGACCUUUCUCCUGAUACGGAUGUGGAGGAGUUAAUAUCGGAGAUAAGAAGAACAGAACCGCUGAUCACAGCUUCACGCAUUGACCAGGUCAAACACCUGGUACGCAGACUGCAGGAGAAACUGGGCCAACAGGAAAACCGAAGGUUCUAUCUCUUCAAGGCGCUGCAGGCACACAUCCUGCCGUUGACGAAUGUUGCUUUCAAUAAAUCAGGGUCGAGUUUCAUCACUGGCAGCUAUGACAGAACGUGUAAAAUAUGGGACACCGUGUCGGGAGAAGAGCUGCACACCCUGGAGGGCCACAGGAAUGUGGUGUACGCCAUCGCAUUUAACAACCCCUACGGGGACAAGAUUGCCACAGGAUCCUUUGAUAAAACAUGCAAGUUAUGGAGUGCAGAGACGGGCAAAUGUUACCACACCUUCCGUGGGCAUACUGCAGAAAUCGUGUGCCUUGCUUUUAACCCUCAAAGCACCAUGGUGGCCACUGGCAGCAUGGACACCACUGCCAAGCUGUGGGACGUCCAGACAGGGGAGGAAAUCGCCACACUGACAGGUCACUCAGCUGAAAUCAUCUCCCUGUCGUUUAACACGGUGGGGGACCGGCUAGUCACAGGCUCCUUCGACCACACCGUGUCUCUGUGGGAUGUUUCAUCAGCCAGACGCAUCCACACUCUAAUAGGGCACAGAGGGGAGAUCAGCAGUGUGCAGUUUAACUGGGACUGUUCGCUCAUCGCCACUGGAUCUAUGGACAAGACAUGUAAGGUGUGGGACGCGCGCAGUGGAAAGUGUGUGGCGACACUGGCGGGUCACGAGGAUGAGGUGCUGGAUGUCUGCUUCGACCUCACCGGCCAGCUCAUUGCCACAGCAUCUGCUGAUGGCACAGGGAGGGUGUACAGCGCAGCAUCUGGCAAAUGCACUGCCAGGCUGGAGGGGCAUGAGGGCGAGAUCUCCAAGAUCUGCUUUAACCCUCAGGGCAGUCGAGUUCUGACCGCAAGCGCCGACAAGACUGCGCGGCUGUGGGAUGUAGCCUCUGGUGUCUGCCUGCAGGUUCUGGAAGGACACACGGAUGAGAUCUUCUCCUCUGCCUUUAACUAUGAGGGUGACACCAUUAUUACAGGCAGUAAGGAUAACACUUGCAGAAUCUGGCGCUGAGCGUGGGGAAGCGGAGUGUGGGGAACAUAAGGACAGGAGCUUCCUGAGGUGGGUCUCUGGGAUGAGAGACAACUAUACGCUCAUAUACCCUGUGUAUCCCCUGUGAAAAUGCAGUAUUUUCAGACGUCUUUAUGCACACUUGAGUCCACCGUCCCUGAUACACGCGGCUCUUCCUCUCACAGCUCUGUUUUUGCGCCCCUUGUACCCUUAC